AUGCAUACUAAGAUUGAAAUCACUUUGUUGAUAUUAAUACUUUUUGUUUCACGUGUAAAUAGUCUUUGUCCAGCAGGAUGCGCGUGCCCUAGCGCCACGACGGUCAGCUGUAGCCCGGGAUUUUCUACAUUCCCAUCACCACUAACCGAUGAUGUCAAAGUUCUUUCUCUUUCUGGAAACUACAAGACACACAACAAGAUCCCGGCAUUACACAAUAGUGACUUUCAAUCCAUGCCUGGAUUGGUUACGUUAAAGAUGGCGCAUUGCGAAAUUAACGCAAUUGCAGACGACACAUUUUCAUCAUAUACAAAAUUAAUGUAUUUAGAUUUGUCGAAUAACAACAUUCCAAGAAUAACUGACAAAACAUUUGCGGGACUUAUCAAUUUGGUGUCCCUUCAAAUCAGCGGGAAUCCGCAUUGCGAGUUCAGUGAAAAGGCUUUUGAUGGUCUUUCAAAUCUACAAGAACUUUAUAUUGCCGACAUGGACUUGGAACGUAUAAUUCCAGCUAUGUUCGCAAGCUUGAAAAACCUUCGACUUUUGGAUGUCCACGGAAACAAAAUUUGGAAAAUCGAAUUCGAUUUUGGAUCUGUAUUCCCCAACCUACAACAUUUGGAUGUAUCAGAAAAUGUUCUGAAGGGACUGCCAAAAAAGUACAAUAACUCCUUUUCGAAUAUAAACACGUUAAAACUGUCGGGCAAUCCUCUGCAAUGUAAUUGUGAAUUACGAUGGUUGAAACACGUAUCGAAAAAGGUCCUUGAUCCUGAAUAUGCAAGUGAUGCAUUAGUUUGCACUGGACCAGAACGACUGAAAUUUGCUCCGAUUUUGCGCGUUCCGGACUUGGAGUUUAAGUGUGUUCCACCGGAAAUAAUCAACUGUACAACUGAAACUUACGUGGUGAUGGAAACGGCAUCACUCCGGAUGUUGUGUGAGUUGGCAGGAGAUCCGUAUCCGGAGGUAACCUGGACGAGAUACGAUGGAAAACAAGUGGAAUUUACUUACGAAAACACUUCAAACUACUAUGUUUCUAGAACAGGAUCGUUGGAUAUUUUCAAUGUCUCAAAGGCUGAUGACGGUACAUGGACUUUAGGUGUCACCAAUACAAUUGGCCAUAAAAGUCGUCAGCUAAAAAUUGUUGUUACCCGCAAAACAACAACGACAUCCACAACAACAACAACAACAACAUCGACGACGACGACAACAACAACAACAACGACAACAACCACACCUACAACGACCCCGACGACGACAACAACCACACCUACAACGACCCCGACGACGACAACAACCACGUCUACAACGACCCCGACGACGACAACAACCACGUCUACAACGCCGCCGACAAAAGCGAUACCAGCAACAUCAACAACGACGGCGACGACAGUACAGGGAACAGCAGCUAAAAUUAUUGGAGGAAGUAGUUUAAAGACCACAACUGGAAACUCAAUUAUAAACAGUAAUGACCACAAACAAACCGGCGGAGGUACUGUAACACUAAACAUACCUAAUCACGUCAAACCAGACCCGACUAGCAUCCCAUCUGAUGGUAAUGACCAUGGGGAGACAGGCGGUGGUAGCAAUGAAAACAAAGCAUCAGACAGUAAGGCAGAUGUUCAAAGUGAUGAGGGAGGAGGAAUGAACAUGAUGAUGAUAGCGGGGGCCGGUGGGGGCGGUCUUUGUCUCAUCGUCCUCAUCGCCGUUACCGUCUACUGCGUGAAGAGGAAGAAGGGCAGUAACCGAGUGGAGGAUAUCAGCAUCAAACAAGACGACGACUUCGACUCGGUCAGAACACCGCGUCGUCAUCGUGUGACUAAUGAUUUCUAAAAUACACGCAUGUGAAGACAGCAGUUCUGUAUUUCGCUCUGUAUUGAGGAUACUUCGAGGAAAUGUGGUGCAUUAAUUUUAUUUUCUGUUUGUUUGCUCCUGUUAAGAGCGCGAAACCAAACUCUAACACAGACACAAAAUUGUGAUUAUUAUGCAAAAAUUGAAAACAAAACGUGAAGGAUAAAAUAUCAAAGGGACCAGACGCACCGCAGAAUUAAACUAUGGUGUUUAUCAAUACUUCCUCACUUAUCGCGAUUUUCUGUUAGUAAGACUAUGUAUACACCGGUAAACGUUUCUGUGAUUGACUGUGAUAACCUUCUUAUUGAAAUACUUUGAUGUCCCUGUGAUAGUGUGAUAACGUUUCUACUGAAAUACAUCCUGUGAUAGUGUUUUACUGUUAUAUUUUUACUAUGACUUUAUUCUACCUGCGAGUAAAUGUUCCUUUAUUAUGGACUCUACUAGAGCCAGCAACACCACUGGCGGGAUACACCUGUCAUAUAUUGAUGUUUUAUGUAUUCGAAAUUAUUAUCCACAAUAUCUAAAUGUUAGGAAUAAAACUAAUGUUGAAAUACGAAGUUUUAUAAAAGAUGCUUCUCCGACGAAGAGUAAUUAUGAAGGAUUUGAUCUGUACAAAAUACUGUUGUGUAUUUUGUACAAACCAAAAGUUACAUAAAUCAACACCCUCCAAAUAGUUUAACUUAAUUUUUAUCUUUUAAAAUAAGGUAUUUUCAUCUCUUAAAGUUAAAAUGGAGAAGUGACCAUUCGCACCAUAUCUAUCUAUAUCAUGUUAUAAACGAUUAUUAGUAGGACGCUGUUAUUGUUUUCAUUUAUUGUUGUUAA